AUGCAAGGCUUCAAAGACUUCGACCCCGCAAAGGAUGUUGGCGACCUUUCGGGCAAGGUUAUCGUGAUAACCGGAGGCACCGCCGGUUUAGGAGAAGAAAGUGUUCGAGCAUUCGCGGCGCAUAACCCUUCGCACAUCUAUUUCACAGGCCGGAAUAUCAUUGCAGCAAACAAAUUGAUCUCCGACAUCAAAGUCAAAUACCCAACAGCAUCGUUGAGCUUCAUCAAGAUGGAUCUCUCAUCCCUUCGCGCUGUCAAGGAAACCAUAGCGGAAGGGUUCAAACACGAUCGCCUCGACAUACUAAUGAACAACGCUGGGAUUAUAGCCAAGCCAGCCGCUCUGAGCAUCGAUGGCUACGAGAUCCAGUUCGCGACGAACUAUCUCGGCCACGCGAUGCUCACCAAACAAUUAUUACCCGUCCUACUCAAGACAGCCAAAGAUCCCAACUCAGAUGUUCGCAUCAUCAACACCACCUCUGCGGGUUACGAAUUCCACCGCGCCAUCAAAGGUGGCAUUUCCUUCGAGGAGCUCGAAUCUGGAAGCACGAUGUCCAGGGAGCUCGCACGUCGGCACCCAGAGCUGACAUCUGUGGUGAUCCACCCGGGGCUCGUCAAGACACCAAUGAAUACCGAGAUGGCUGGCUUGAGCAAGUUCUUCGUGAAUGUAACGUCGCGGCUUUCAGGCGAAAAGUGGCUUGAGCCGCACCAGGGUGUUCUGAACCAGCUUUGGAGCGCAGCCGGAGCGGGGAAGAGAGCAUUGAAGAAUGGAGCAUACUACACGCCAGUGGGUGUAGAUUCGACGGAAAGAUUGACAGCAGAGGCUAAAAAUCAAGCUCUAGCAGAGAAGUUGUGGGAAUGGACCGAGAAUGUGUUGCUCAAGGUCUGA